AUGGAGACGACUGACAGGCCUGAGAAAUGGACUGCGUACUAUGAAACAUUGCAAACUAAAGUUAGACUGGAUUUGUCAGCUAUUAAAGAAGUGUUGAAGGAGAAAGACUUUUUAGAUUGGCUCUCAAAGCAAUAUCUAGACGUUUGGUUCGCUGACGAUGAUCAACUGCGAAGUAGUGCUUCACCAACAGUUUAUUCUGUUCCGGCUGACUUGCAAUGGAUGGAAAUCUAUAAAACUAUGAAUAGGUGUAAGAGCACGUUACAAAGUUACAUGGACAUCGCUAAAACGUUUUUGAAAACGGGAAAAAUCGAUUUGAAAAUGCUGGAGUCACUGAAUUCAACUUCAGCUAGGUUGGCAAAAACGUUUGACCAGCAGCGAACACAAAUGGAAGUUUUUUUCAAAGAAAGUGUCGUUAGCAAUUUCGACCACGUCAGUUAUGUGCUGGAUGUACAAUCGCAACCGAUGACUUCUGUGAUAUCUACAUUUGAACAAAAAUGCACUACAAUGUACAUUACUAUGGGAAUACGGAAGGCUAGCAUUUAUCUCAACAUGAGUGUUGACUAUCUUUCACAGUAUUUUGAUAGGAGACGAACCCUCCUGACUGUGGCUGAACAUUUUGACUCAAAUCACAUGAAGUAUUUUAUGGAAGAAGUGAGGACAUUUGCGUCUGGAACAUUUCACAAUAAAGAGUUUAGCAUGGAGUCAACUAAUUGUUUGGACAUGUUGCUGAUAGAAUAUUACGCCAUGCUCAAAGUAUACGAACUCGUCAAACCAGCCUUAAAUGGCAUGAAGAUCGGUUAUUACACACAUAAAGAUAAUGCCAUGCCGUCAAUUAAUCAGCUUGAUAAUUACAAUUUUGAUAAGGUGGAGCUCCUGGAUGUCAUUCUGAAACUAGAUGAUGUUAUCAAGAUCAUGGAAGAGUUCAAACAGUCGCUGAAAACAGAUCAACAAUUUUACAGGGACAACUUUCUUCAUCUGAAUAUAUUGUUCCAUGAACUGAGAUAUGAACAGCUAACUCAACAGAUUGAUUACACUAUAUUUGCUCUGAUGGGUGACAUUGGUGGGGCCAUGGGCCUUUGUAUUGGUGCCAGUGCGCUAAGUGUUUUUGAGAUCAUUGACUUCAUCACAAUACUUUUAGCAUCUAUCAUGGUUAAAAGGAAACGUUCCUCAAAGUCACAUCCUACGGUCGUCCACGUCAAGCCCAAGAAUGAGUUGAAUGUGAAACCGGUAUAUUGA